GAAUGUAAACAAGAAACAGCUGUUUAAUUAAGUAAAAGAAAAUUAGUAAAUACAAAGUUUAUGGGCUCUGCAAAUUAGAUAUAUUUAUAUAUUAGCAUGCAUAAGUAUUACAGUAAUGAUGUGAUAACAACGAUAAAGUAAAUGCUGGUAAAUCCAUUAACAUUCCUGAAGAGUAGCCGACACGGAGAGAAUAACUACAUAUGUACAUACAUAAAAACGUGCCACAUACAAAAUCCUGAAUACAGAGCUUCAAUUGCAACUCCCAAAUAUUUCAAACAUCAGUUUUUAUCCAAACAAAAAUGUCACGAUCAUUACAGCAAUAUCGUUAUUGUUUUAUCGCUGGCGCCUUUGCUGCUGGCGGCAGCUUCUUUGGUCGUGCACCAAGUCAAAUUUCGGAAGUACCUUUAUUAGCGAAGCUGUUUUCAACGGAUGCAAUUUACUUUUUCGAGUUGAUUCUGCUGCGCCUACUCCCCAUUGCAUUGAUGGUGAUUUGUAAUUUGUUGAAUUGGCGUUACUUUCUCAAAGCGCUACAAUGCACCGAACAAACAUUGACCGCAACUGUGCUAACAGCUGCUGCCAAUUAUAUGCUAUCGUUUAUAUUAGGUGCACUUGUGUAUCGAGAAGUAUUUACACUGCUAUCAACUGUGGGUGCAGCAUUGAUAAUUGCGGGGCUUUGGUUUCUCUGUAAGGCACAAGAACAGCAAAAAGCAAACGAAAAACGUAAGAAGCUUACGUGAAGAAUAAAAUUAGUUGGUAGUCUAUUAAGUAUUUAAUUGUACAGAAAAUUAAUUUAAUGGUUGCGUUUCUUUAUACAUUCCGGAUAAUCCGAUUUCAGAGCCAGAAUAAACAGAACGCGUUUGAAAUAUACGUUAGCAUAUCAUCAGGAACGUUCUCAAGAAUAAGUAAACAAAAAAGUUUAUUCCCAACGCUCAGAAUGAAUAAAGAAAUGCAGCCAAUAUAAAAUAUGCGGAAAUAUAUUAUAUUAAACUAGAGUAAUUUCAUUUGCAGGAAUACUUAACACCUUGUAACGUAAGUAUUUAAAUUUUUUUCUGGGUGUACCGCGUUUCAUAAAUUUCACUUGUUAUCCUUGUAGAGUGAACUACGCCCCUUCAGGGUGCUGUCUGGGUCUCGCCUUCAUGUUUGCCCUAUGGUCACCUGCCUAUCGAUCAUUUAAGGGCAUUCAUUCAGCCCAAUUCUUAAUACUCCCGGGGGAGUUUGUUCUCCGUGAAUCUGUUUCUCCCGGAAAAUAAAUCCUCCAAUAAUUAACUACCAGGGAGUAGAAUUUACUCGGAAAACUUGGGCGGGGGAAAUUCGAACUUCAAAGACGCGGUUUG